UGUACCGCGUCUCGCACGACGAAGGCAGUGCAGGUGACUGGCAUGGUAGUGCCAGUAGGCUUCGUGCCGGCGCGCAGCAAUAACGUGCGCGUGCGUUUAUAUCGAACGAAACCGUGCUCCCUCCGAGUGUAGCUGCAUUAUCGAAAAACGACAUACACCAACUCACAGAGAUGGAAGUGGCAGAUCAAUGGCGUCGAGAGUGGGCUGGAACCGCCGAAUAUGGAAAGGUGACAGAAGGGGGCGUGACGCGUCGCAUUGCGCGCGCGAUGGAGGUUCUGCACGCGAGCGGGCCGGGCGCGCGCGUGCGCGUCAUGCGUGCGGCCUACCACUCGUCCGCAGCCCCGGGCGCUCCAGCCUCCUCCUUCAUGCUGCACUCUUCACGAAGGGUUAUUUCUUCCGGGUUUAACCUAUUGGAGUCACCAUCAUCACCUAUGAAACCCUUGGAAAUAUCGUCUACUCCGUUUGAAUCAUCGCCUGAACCGACCACAGAAAAUUACAAAGUUACUGAACCAGAUGACUUCGAAAUCUCGGAGCCUUCAAAAUGGCGAGGGUCUACCAAAGGUAGUGCCAUUCGAAUGCCCAGCGAAGAGUCAUCUUCUACAGACAAUGCCAGCAUUAUUGAUCUUGAUGCAAGACUAGGUAGAAACCUCCACAGAAAAUACUCUUACGAUUCAGAAUGCAGUGAUAUUCAUUCUAGUAGAAAUACCAGCCGAAACUCUCCAUUGUUGGAUACCCCAGUUACUCUGAGCACACUUAAAUAUAAAUCACUUUUAAACAGCAGCAAUGAAUGGAAUACGAGACGCAAAAGCUAUAGCUUCGAGGACACCUCUCCACUAAAUGAAACAAUCACUCACAGUAACGACACACUAGCGAUGGAAUCUUCCACCGAUAGCGGCAUUUGUAAAUCAACUGAAAUCGUCGAUGAUCAAAUGGAUGACUACUCUCACACAAAACACUUUUCUAGAGAUGAAAGAAAGACGCCCAACAAUGAAGAAUCCUUUAGAGAUUGGUUAUCGAAAAACAGACCAACUUCACACUACAGGGGAACCAAAUUCAAGACUUAUCGAGAACAUGAUAUUGUGUUGGAGGAGCCAUUAGAAAAUAAUAUAACAUUGCAAUCAACUGGUAAAGUAUCCAUAACUUUACCCGUGACCGUCGAGACAGAUAGUGACGACUACAACAAAAAGCACCAAGUAACUGAAGAAGGUGACAGAAAAGUGAAAAGAGUGGAAUUCUGUAAAACUGAACUUCAUUUCGCUGCCGAGUCGGGUAAAGUUAAUAUAAUUGCAACAGAUGAGAAACCCCCGCCCUCAACAGAUUUUAGAAAACGACGAAGCGCCUUUGUACCCAUGAAAGAUAUGAUCGAAAAACCAAUAACGUUGUUUGGAGAAAAGAAUGAUUUUUCAGCACCCAAUGGAAUUGGCACUCCUUUUAUUCUUAGCAGUAGUGAGAUUGGUGAAUCCGAUGAGAAUACAGCAGCUACAAAAAGUAUUCUCAAAAACAAAAUUCCGAAACCCAAACCAUAUCUUUUAGGAGAGAACAUGGCAUUUGGGACAUCAGACGAGCUUUUGAAUAAGGACUCGCCAAAUGAUUGUGUGCUAUCGGCAGUCUCUUUAGUCAAUAAGCAAUUGCAAUCGGAGAAACGCUACAACAACGAAGUCAAGUCUAUAUUUGCCGGAGCAGCAGAAGAUCCUGUCAUGCAACCUAACGUUUUACGGACGGUUAAAGCAGGUCCCACAAAACAAGACAGUUUUAAACAAGAAAAACAGGUCGUAACUCAUAUCAAAAUUGAUAAGGCCUCCGAUGAUACUACCCAAGACGUUAAAAGUAAAUUUAACAAACUACAAGUAUCUCCAGCACAAAGGAAACCCAAAACAAGACAACUUCGGGAUAGUGAAUUAACUUACUUCGGUGUUGACAGCGGGAAGGCAGAUUCAUACAACAGUCGAAACAGUAUGAAAAGUUCAUUCAAAAACAGUGGCAACGAGAGUAUAUUUCAGUCGGUGAAACUUAUCCAACAAGUCUCAAGUAGCGUGUGUAAUAGUGAACCAGAAUCUGAUGAGAGCCCCGAGUAUCAGAAUCUUCCUUUAAACAUCAACUAUGCUCCCGUACCGACACCUAGAUUACGGUCCAAAUAUGAAGACAAACCUAAUGAAAUUAACGAAAUCCAAGUUCUUAAGCCAAUUAUUGAAAAGGAAAGUCAAGAAAGAACCGAUGUGUCAUAUACACGACGGUCUAGAUCACGUAGACAAGACGAAGUAACUGCAAGGAGUAUCUCGGCACCACCAAAAUCUUUGAGACGAGAUUCAACCGAAAGGUCGCAUAAACGUGAAGAUCAAUCGACACGCUCUAGUCGAGUUACAAAAGAUCAUACAAAACAUGACACUGAAAAAAUAUUUUCUACGAAAGAAAGAAAACUUUCAGAAGAUAAAGACCCAAUUUACGUAAAUCUAAAUGAUGACAUACAGAAAUCCAACACGUUAGAGAAAAGAGACAUCCAAAAACUGAAAACAAAUUCACUCAACUCGCGUCAAAGAAAAUCGCAAAACACGGAAUUGCAUAAAAGUAAUAAGGAACAGACCUCUGAUACACCGAGUUCCAGCUUGAAUUACAGCGACCGAAGAAAAGAACGUCGAUCAGAUUCUGGGACUGAUAAUAGUCUCCGAACAAAACACUCAAUACAUAAAGAUACAAUCUCACGCUCGGCUUACAAAGAUACCCUUUCAAGACGAGCGCAAAAGAUCGAUAAACCGCAGAACUCUAGCGAUAAAUCAGAAAAGAUAAAAGAAGAUCGUAAAGAAGAUAAACUUAACAUUACAAAAGAACCCCGCAAACAUAGUGAAAGUAAAUCAUCCAGAGAUAAAAAAUCUAGUACUGAAAAGACAGACCAUAGAAGCAGGUCGUUGCAACGACCUACCUCAAACGUGCCUCAAGCUGAAUCUGAAGAAACAUCCAGGGACAGAAAUCGCAGGGCUGUUGAGAAAGCUGAUCACAAGUAUAACGGAAGUUUGGAUGAAAACCAUGCUGUACACAGUGGCCGUAAGAGAAACUCGUCCAGGGAUAAGUCUACAAAAGAAACAGUAAAAUCAUCACAAAAACAGGAAUCCGUUUACACAGCGCAAAUUCCCGUGGUACAAUCAAGGGGCAAUGACAAAGACUUAGGCACAAAGAUGAACGCUACUAGAAGUAACGCUCGUAAAGAAUAUGUUAUAAACUACGAUGAUAAGAACGGAACCGUUUCGUCUAUAUGCAAAAUUCAGCCAAGUCUCGGAACUCCCAGGCGAAAGAAAACAUCGAAAGAUGUUUCAAAAUAUGAUAAAGCCUUGAAACAUAAAAGUGUAGACAAAGUCGCUCCGCUGCAGCUACAGGAUCAUCAAGGGGAAAGAAACGGACUGAAUUAUGCAGAUAGGAAAUGGAAGACGAAAGUACAUUUACAAAGGUCUUGCCAAGUAUUGUAGGUAGUGCUUAUUUUGACUAGUCGUAAGAACCAUAGAUAUUAACGAAAAUAUUUGAAUCCUAUUUGCGCUAUGUAAUUUCGUAUUCUGAGAUUCAUAGAAUAAGAUAACGAUGAUCUCACAUGUAACAGUAAUUUAAAAGAAGUGAAACCUAAAUGUAUUUCCGUUGAUCUAACAUUGAAAAUAACACUUUACACAUUAAUAAAACAUACAAUAAAUGAA